CCCCACCUCCCCACCUCCCCCAGCCCCGGGAUCCGUACGGCCCGGAGCGAUCGCACUUCCCCGUCGUCAUGUCGGUGAACAUGGACGAGCUGCGGCAUCAGGUCAUGAUCAACCAGUUCGUGUUGGCCGCGGGCUGCGCGGCCGACCAGGCGAAGCAGCUGCUGCAGGCGGCCCACUGGCAGUUCGAGACCGCCCUGAGCACGUUUUUCCAAGAGAGCAACAUUCCCAACAGCCACCAUCACCCCCAGAUGAUGUGUACUCCUAGCAACACGCCUGCCACGCCACCCAACUUCCCUGACGCGCUGGCCAUGUUCAGCAAGCUUCGUGCCUCGGAGGGUCUGCAGAGCGGCAACAGCCCCAUGACCGCCGUGGCCUGCUCGCCCCCUGCAAACUUCAGUCCCUUCUGGGCCUCAUCCCCACCCAACCACCAGGCGCCCUGGAUCCCGCCCUCUUCCCCCAACUCCUUCCACCGCCUCCACUGCCCACAGCCCACGUGGCCCCCAGUAUCAUCGCAGGGGGGUGCCCAGCAGAAAGCCAUGGCAGCUAUGGAUGGCCAGAGAUGAGACUGGAUGUCGCCAGGCACUGGGCUGGAGCCAGCAGCAGUCCAGGGUUGUGGGGACACAGAAGUGGGCUGGGGUG